AAGCGACUGCUAGUACUGAUAGAAGCCUUCAUAGAAACCAGCGCCAUCGCUGAGUUAGCAUUCGAUUUUGUUCGAUUCUCAUUCCACAUUCUACAAAUAUUCAACGCCUGCGACGACGAGUUUUCCCGAUCGAACGCGACGCGACGGAGAUCCCGAGGCUGACUGAGCGAUGGCGGCCGGCGGCGGCGGCGGCGGCGGAGGGGACGGUUUUCAGCAUCGCGAUCAUGAUGACGACGACGAGUCUCAGUUCGACCCGCUGCUGCAGCUCAUCCAGGCGUCGCGCAUGUGGACUAAAGAGGAGGACGCCAUUCUCCUCCGCCACGCGCUGCGGCUGGGCACGAAGCAGUGGGGCGCGCUGGAGAAGAGCGGGCGGCUGCCACUGCGCGACAACAAGGCGUGCUGCAACCGCUUCAUUUUCCUCAAAAAGAAAUUUGCGGAAAUUCACAAGAAGUGGCACCAGUCAUCUGUUAUCCCUGACCGGAACUUCUGGCCGCUGGAAAUGCAGCAGGAGCAAGAGGAGAGGGAGCAGCAGCAGGGCGGGGCAGGAGGCAAGGCCCGCCGGAAAAACAGCCGAGUUACUGGCAGUGGUAGCGGGGAAGGAACGGCCGGCGGGGGCAGCAGCACGGCCAGGGAAACGGGCAGGGAAACGGGCAGGGGAAGCCCGCCUUACGAGCUGGGCACCAGGAGGGCGGGCAGCAGAAUGAGGGAAGGGAAGAAAGUGGCAAGCGGGCAGGAGCCAAUGACGUUCGGACACCUGAAGAACCGGAUUCUGGGAGAGCUGCUGCUGCGAGAUUUCAUUGAGAAGCAGCAGGUGGAGCAGCAAGAGUGGGUGCAGCAGCAGCAGCAGCAGCAGCAGCAGCAGCAGCAGCAGCAGCAACAGCAACAACAACAGCAACACCAGUGGCAAUUACAGGAGCAGCAGCAAGUGCAGCAGGUUCAAUUACAGCUGCAGCUGCAGCAGCAACUGAGGCAGCAACAAGAGGAGCACCAGCAGCAGCAGCAAGAGAAUCAGGAGCAAGAGCAGAAAAUGCAGGAGAGCUUGCUGCGGCACCAGAAGUUGCUGCUGCUGCAACACGUGCAGCAGCAACAACAACAGCAACAACUGCAGCAGCAGCAGCAGCAGCAGCAGCAGCAGCAGCAGCAGCAGCAGCAGCAGCAGCAGCAGCAGCAGCAGCAGCAGCAGCAGCAGCAGCAGCAGCAGCAGCAGCAGCAGCAGCAGCAGCAGCAGCAGCAGCAGCAGCAGCAACAGCAAGCGAGGCUGGAAGCAAUCGAGAGGCAGCAACGCCAGUUGCUGCUAGAGCAGCAGGUUCGGCUGCAGCAGCAGCUGCUGUUACAAAAGUUACACGGGCAGGCGAAUCUUUGGGAGCUAGCACAGCAGGUGCAGGAGGGGCGGGAGGGGCAGCAGGCGCAGCAGGUGCAGGAGGGGCAGCAGGCGCAGCAACAAUUGGUGUAUUUCCAGCCGCAACCGCCGCAACAGCAAGAGCAACAGCUACAGCAGCAGCAGCAGCAGCAGCAGCAGCAGCAGCAGCAGCAGCAGCAGCAGCAGCAACAGCAGCAGCAGCAACAGCAGCAGCAGCUGCUGCAGUGGCAGGAGUUUCAAAGGGUGCAACUACAGCGGCAGCAGCAGCAGCUGGGGCUAUUCCUAGAGACUCAACCCGCUCCUUCCCCCCUGCUCCCACCGUUUCCCUCUGCCUCCCUCCUUCCCCUUCCUCCAAAACCUCCUCUUGAGGCGUCUCAAAAAGCGGUUCAUUCUCCCCUGCUACCACCGUCACCCUCAACCUCCCUCACUCCCUUAAACCCUGGUCUCCGACCCGACGAUUCCUUCAACACAGCAAGUCAACGACCUUCCUGGGGGGUUGGACCCACCCAAGCCCUGCAAGCCGCAGCCACUUAUCACACGGAUGCAACUGCAAAGACCGUUACGGCUGCCGUUCCCCCCUCUCCUCCCCCUACCCUCCCCCUUUAUCAUGCCUCUUCCCUUCCACCCUCUCGUCCCAACCCACCCCCUCUCUCUCAUCCCUCCCUUGCUCACCGCUCGACCCUACCACCUCUCCAGCUGCAGACACAGGUCGCAGUCUCAACGCCCCUCAACCCAACCAAGCCCGGGCCUGAAACCGAACGUGCUACCGCUGAACCUGCUUCGGCCGAACCUGGCUUUUCGAACCUCUUGUUCUCCCUCCCAGGGCCAGCUCACCUAAACCCUUCCCUGCUACCAGCGGCACCUCGUGCUGCUGCGGAACUUGCUCCUGCUCCUGCUGCUGCUGCUGCUGCUGCUGUCUCCGAGUCUGCCACCUUCACCUCGCCCUUUGCUUCCGCUUACCUAUCGUCCCUCCCUCCUUCAUUCGCCUCCACCCCGUCUGUAACUGCAGCAAUUCCUGGGGCUGGCCUAUCCCCUACCCUAUCUGCUCCUGGUGCUGGUGGAAUUGCUGCCAGUUACAUGCCUGCUUCUGGUGCUGCUGCUGCUGCUGCUGGUGCCAGCGCUGCUGCUGCUGGUGUUGCU